GAAGCACGUACGCAUCUUCCAGUCUGGAAUGCAACAGCUCCCACCAGUCAGUUGGGAGAAAUGACAAUCCAAAGGCACAGAAACUCCGACGUUCUCGCCUAUUCAGGCGAAAACAAGGAAUCAUAGAGAUGUGUCUUCCCAGAGAGCCAGGGCUGGAAGGGGUUGGUUAGCAACCGGAAGUAGCGGUACCCCCGGGUCAGCCAUUAUUCUGGACCUUGGCGCCGUGGUGUCCGGGUCUCCGUGUCAUCUGUCGGCGUCCUGGCCCCCGGGCGAAGGUACCCAACGCUGGAGGCGCAGCGAGAACCCCCGGUCUUCUAGAUGAUGUUCUCCAGGCUUUAAGGAAGAAGUCAAGCAAGAAUUGAGAGGGCCUGGAGAGGAGCCUUUCUUAAAUGACAACAAUGACAAGAGAAAAUUGGGCCCACAGUGCUCUGAGACAAGAGGGUCUUGUUAAAGGGAAGGAUGAUACCUGGAAAUGGGGAACCAGCUUCCAAGGAAGCAAUUCCUCUGUUUGGGAGACAUCCCACCUGCACUUUAGACAGUUACGUUACCAUGAGACAUCUGGACCCCAUGAGGCACUGAGCCGGCUCCGGGAGCUCUGUCGUCGGUGGCUGAGGCCAGAAGCCCGUACUAAGGCCCAGAUCCUGGAGCUGCUGGUCCUGGAGCAGUUCCUGAGCAUUCUGCCUGGGGAGAUUCGGACUUGGGUGCAGAUCCAUCGCCCUGGGAGUGGUGAGGAGGCCGUGGCCCUGGUAGAGGAGCUACAAAAGGACCUCGAUGGACCAGCACUAAAAGUUCCAGUUCUUGUUCAGGACCAGGACCUUCUUCAGGAAGGGACGAGCACUCCAGGAACAGCAGUUCCUCAUGCACCCAUUAGCAGCCACAUAGCAACUGAAAUUUGCCAAAAUCCUUUUACUGACGCAGUGAUGUUCAAUCUCCAGGAUCCUCAACAUGAUUCCCCUGCACCUGAAGCUUCUGCCCUUUCCCAGGAAGAGAACCCAAGAAAUCAAUUAAUGGCCCUCAUGCUCCUAACAGCCCAGCCCCAGGAGUUGGUGAUGUUUGAGGAGGUGUCAGUAUGCUUCACUUCAGAGGAAUGGGAGUGUCUGGGCCCGAUUCAGAGGGCUUUGUACUGGGAUGUGAUGUUGGAGAAUUACGGAAAUGUGACCUCCCUAGAAUGGGAGACCAUGACUGAGAAUGAGGAGGUGACACCAAAGCCAAGCAUUUCUCAAAGAGCUGAUUCUCAGAAAGGAACAUCCAAAAGACUUCAGGGAGGCGUUCCUCAGAACCUUGAUUUUGAGGAAGCUUGUGAAUGGCAAGUUUUGGCAAGUCAUUGGGGAACUAAAACAGGGGAAAUAGAUACCCUAAAGAAAGUUUCUGUCUGUGAAAGAGAUAAGAAGAAAAGGACUCUACCAGAAAAGCAGGGCCAGAAGUGGAAGGAAUUUGGAGAAAGCUUGACUUCAGGUUCUGCUCUUUCUGAAAGUUUAAUAGGUACUGAAGGAAAGAAGUUUUAUAAAUGUGAUAUAUGUUGUAAACAUUUCAGUAAAAUCUCCCAUCUUAUAAACCAUCGGAGAAUCCACACUGGUGAAAAACCUCAUAAAUGUAAGGAGUGUGGAAAAGGCUUUAUUCAGCGUUCAAGCCUUCUAAUGCAUUUACGGAACCAUUCUGGGGAGAAACCUUAUAAAUGUAAUGAAUGUGGGAAAGCCUUCUCUCAGAGUGCUUACCUUCUAAACCAUCAGAGAAUCCACACUGGGGAGAAGCCUUAUAAAUGCAAGGAGUGUGGAAAGGGCUUCUAUAGGCAUUCAGGCCUUAUUAUACAUCUAAGGCGCCAUUCUGGGGAGAGACCUUAUAAAUGUAAUGAAUGUGGGAAAGUUUUCUCUCAGAAUGCUUACCUCAUUGACCAUCAGAGGCUCCACAAAGGGGAAGAACCUUAUAAAUGUAACAAGUGUCAGAAAGCUUUUAUUCUGAAGAAGAGCCUCAUUCUGCACCAGAGAAUCCACUCUGGGGAAAAACCCUAUAAAUGUGAUGAAUGUGGAAAAACCUUUGCUCAGACCACUUACCUUGUUGACCAUCAGCGGCUCCACAGUGCAGAGAACCCAUACAAGUGUAAAGAAUGUGGAAAAGUUUUCAUUCGAAGCAAAAGCCUCCUCUUACACCAGAGAGUUCACACAGAAAAGAAGACUUUUGGUUGCAAAAAAUGUGGGAAAAUUUUCAAUUCAAAAUCAAACCUCAUUGACCAUAAGAGGAUGCAUAGCAGAGAGAAGCCAUAUAAAUGUACUGAAUGUGGGAAAGCCUUCACUCAGAGUGCUUACCUUUUUGACCAUCAGAGACUCCACAAUGGAGAGAAACCUUAUGAAUGUAAUGAGUGUGGGAAAGUUUUCAUUCUAAAGAAGAGCCUCAUUUUACAUCAGAGGUUCCAUACUGGAGAGAAUCUCUAUGAAUGUAAAGACUGUGGGAAGGUCUUUGGUUCUAACAGAAACCUGAUUGACCAUGAGAGACUACACAAUGGGGAAAAGCCCUAUGAAUGUCGAGAGUGUGGGAAGACUUUUAUCAUGAGCAAAAGCUUCAUGGUCCAUCAGAAACUACAUACACAGGAGAAAUCCUACAAAUGUGAGGAUUGUGGGAAGGCUUUUAGUUAUAAUUCAAGCCUGCUAGUACAUCGGAGAAUCCACACUGGAGAAAAGCCCUUUGAAUGCAGUGAAUGUGGAAGAGCUUUCAGUUCUAACAGAAACCUCAUUGAACAUAAGAGAAUCCACAGUGGUGAAAAACCCUAUGAGUGUAAUGAGUGUGGUAAAUGCUUCAUUUUGAAGAAAAGCCUCAUUGGACAUCAGCGGAUUCAUACAAGGGAAAAAUCUUAUAAAUGCAGUGACUGUGGGAAAGUCUUCAGUUACCGCUCAAACCUUAUAGCGCAUCAGAGAAUCCACACUGGUGAGAAGCCCUAUGCAUGUAAUGAGUGUGGGAAAGGCUUUACUUACAACAGAAACCUUAUUGAACAUCAGAGAAUUCACAGUGGGGAAAAAACUUAUGAAUGUCAUAUAUGUAGAAAAGUUCUUACCUCUAGUAGAAAUCUUAUGGUACAUCAAAGAAUCCAUACUGGAGAGAAGCCUUAUAAAUGUAAUGAGUGUGGAAAAGACUUCAGUCAGAAUAAAAACCUUGUUGUACAUCAGAGGAUGCACACUGGGGAAAAACCAUAUGAAUGUGAGAAGUGUAGAAAAUCUUUUACUUCUAAGAGGAAUUUAGUUGGCCACCAGAGAAUCCAUACAGGGGAGAAACCAUAUGGGUGUAAUGAUUGUAGUAAAGUUUUUAGGCAGAGAAAAAACCUUACUGUACAUCAGAAAACUCAUACAGAUGGAAAACUUUGUGAAUGUGAUGAGUCUGAAAAAGAAUUCUCUCAGACUUCAAACCUUCCUCUUCAACAAGAAAUCCACACUGUGAAGGAAUUCUCUUGGUUCCAAAAUGCCACUGAGUCAAAGAGAGAUCCAGAAACUCUAAUGUCAUUUGUAAAAUAGGAUAGAAUCCCUGCCUACUUAAGUAACUGUUAGACAAAUGCCAGUAUAUGGUCCUUGCAAGGAAAAAAUUCAUGAUUGACCCUUUUAUAGACAAGCAGUUUUCAUGUGAAAGAAAGCUAAUCUAGACUUUCAAGACUACAAAAAACAUAAACCAAAUUCUAGUUAAAGAAUGCUAUGUCUUAGACCAUUUGUUAUGACUCUGGAAAGGGAUCUUAGAGAACUUGAAGACUGAAGAAGCUCAUGAGAUGUAAUGAUGUAGUUGUAAAUGAUAACAAAAAUAUCUUUGUAUUAAAAAGUGGACAUUGUUUCUGAAAUGGUGUAUAUUGUACAUUUUAAAAAUAGCAUCACUGCUACAAAAAGUCUCUGUUGACUGUAUGAUCAAGGCAUGUCAGACAUGGAGUUGAGUGGGCAAGAGUCUGCAGAUUGAGGACAACUUAAGAGUAUUAGAUUUGGAAUUAGAAGACUGAGGUUUAGGUCCUGGUUCUUUCUCUUACUAGCUAUGUAAUGUUGUUAAGUCAGCCUCUAGGCCUCAGUAUCUCCAAAUGUUGACCUACCUCAGUGGGUUUGAGGAUUAAGUGAAAAGCUGUUUGUGAACAAACUUUGUGAAGUAAUUUAGUUGUUGAUGAAGUUGAGUAAAAGAGGUAUGGUCAAAAUCUAGAACAUGGCACAAUGUAAUGUUUGCUCAUCAUGUCAAUAUUAGGGCUCUGGGAACUUCAAAAAUAUUCAUAUUUAUAGUAAGAGGAAGUAUGGUAAAUAGCCAACUUUAUAUUUAGUAGUCUAAGAAGACUUUUUUAAAAAAUAGUUUUCAGAAUUUUGAUGGGAUUAAUGGAUAAUAUGCCUAUUGUGUUUUGAUGGUGAAAUACUGGCUUUUAUGGAAAAACAUUAUUAUGUCCAUCUGUUAACACUGAUGCCAAGGAAUACUAUUUUUCAACCUUCAAAUUUGAAACCUGGCAGAUAUAGAAUGUCAAAAUGGAAGGGCAGUCCUAUGUUGCUUUCUUUGUUUAUAGGGAAAAAUCCUCAACUCCAACCCCUGAGUUAAUGAUUUCUGCCAUUUCAUUCUCAAUUCUAAUGUACAUUUCACCAUUGCUGACAUAUGAAAGCUUGUUACUCAAAGAUUCUGUUCCAGUCCUCAACUUACUACGUAAGUUUCACACAGAAUCAAUUCCUUAAAGCUCUGAUUAAAUCAAUUAAGAAUCCACCCUCUGGUCAGGCCCAUUACUGCCUGUGAACAAAUCAUUCAUUGAGUCUUUUCUCUUUUGUACAUUUGUAGAUUUAAUUCACCUUAUAUUCUUGAGUAGCUAGUUUUAUAUUGUAAUUCUCAAAACUCCCAGUUCUGUAGCUGGACUAUAAAUACCUUAAUAUCCAGAUUGUGUUUCUAAUAGUUGCAUUCAGCUGAUGUGUUGAUAAAUGUUACCAGUUCAGCCCGAGUUCCUUGAGGGCUUCCUUGAAGCAUUCCGUAAUGAAUGUUUCUUCCUUAGACUGAAAGGUAAAUAAGAGUGAAAAAUGGAAGGGCCCAAAGAUUUAAAGUCUUAAAACCUAGGUAAAAGUGAGCUUCUGCUACUUUCCUUGGGCAAAUGUGUUUAUUAUUUGGAGCCUUGAUUUCCUCAUCUGUAUAACCGGGAGUAGAAUAUCUACCUCACAAGGUUCUUACGAGGUAAUGUAUAUGGAGAUGCUUUGUAUCUCUGCUACAGAAGAAUCACUCCAGAUUAUGUAAUUACAAAGGGAAAGAUGUACUCUUAACAGAGAAACUGGCAUUCACCUCUUACCCAUCACUAAGAUCAAGACCACCUACAUUAUGUGCCUCUUCAUGUGAUGGAAUAAGCCAAAAGUGUAACCUGAAUUUAUUAAGCUUCUUAGACCUAAUUGCUAGUUAACAGGAAAUACAGGAAGCAGACAAACAAGAUAAAUGACACAAGAAACAAAUUUAGAACAGGGUAUAUUGUAUAAGAAAACUGCACUGAUUCUUCAAAAAUAUGAUGAAAAAGGAAGAGGUGAUAAUUGUUGAAGCUGGAUGAAUAUUGGGAGUUCAUUGUACUGAUCUCUGCUUUUACAUAUGUAUUAAAAUUUCCAGAAUGAAAGGUAUGAGAAGUGGGGGUGAGAGGUUAUUUUUUAAAAGAUGUUAAAGAACUAUAAGACGCUAAGUGCCAGAGAUAGACUCACACAAAUGCUCAAUUGAUUUUUGACAAAGGUACAAUAGUAAUUCGGUAGAAGAGGGAUAUCUUUUCCCACAAAGGCUGCUGGUGGAAUUUGAUAUCUGUAGACCUAUAUCAUCCAUCCAUUUAUCCAUCCAUAGUCAGGAUCUAGGACUAAUCAAAGAACUCUUAGACUGACAUCAAAGGAAGGCACCAUAAAAGGAAAAAUGAUAAGUUAGACCUCAUCACAAUUAAAAUAAUUUGCUCUGAAAAAAAUUUUUUAAGAGUGAUAAGAUGUUACAGAUUUGGGGAAAUAUUUGUAAAUCAUAUAUAUAUCCAACAGGACUUGUAUCUAGACUAUAUAAAGAAAUCUCAGAACUCAACAAUGAUAGAUUCAUUCAAUUAAAAAAUGGGCAAAAUACAUGUAAAACAUUUCUCCAAAAUCAUUAGCCAGUAGAGAAAUACAAGUUAAAAAUGACUGCACCCCAACAGAAUAGCUUUAAAAAAAGAAAAACAUACAUAGCGUUAUUAAAUCUUGGCAAGGACACAGAGAAACGGGGUCUUGUUUGUUGCUGAGGAUGUUAGAUGAUACACUCUGGAAAACAGUUUGGCAGUUGCUUGCAAAAC